GAAGAAGAAUAAAUUCGGGACUGUCACUGGAAUAACCAUCAACUAACCUCACCAAUGUCAUUAAUGUGAAUAUUUGUAAAUUUUUACACAGAUUUUGUGGUAGGACAUCCUCGUGAGCGAAUGUGUGUGCCAUUGAGUGUGCUCGAGCCAUGUGAAUGUGGGCUGUGGUGCUGUUGAUGGCGCUGGCGUGGGCGGGCGGCGCGAGGGCGGGCGGCGACCGGCGCGUCAUCACCACGCUGCGGCACAGCGCGCACCAUGCCUCCCCGCGCGCCGCCGCCGCCGAGCCCGCGUCCGCCGGCCAGCUGCCCUACCUCGUGUCGCUCAAGGAGAAGACCUACAAGGUGGACAACGACACGCUGUGGCAGAGCGUGUGCGGCGGCGUGAUCCUGGCGGCGCGCCGCGUGCUCGCGCCCGCGCACUGCUUCGAGCAGAACAAGUUCUUCUUCGUGCGGCACCCGGACUACCUGCGCGUGGUGGCGGGCGACCCCCGCGCGGUGGCGCUGGCCCCCGACGCGGCGCCGGCGGAGAGCAGCCGCGCGCGCGCCGCCCGCCGCCUGCACGCGCGCCGCGCGCAGUGGCGCCGCCUCGCCGCCGUGGCGCUGCACCCGCACUACCACUUCCCGGCGCACGACCUGGCGCUGCUGGACGUGGACAGCCCCUUCGUGUUCAACGAGUGGGUGGACUACAUCGUGGCGGACCGCUGGGCGCAGGACUACCGGCGCUGCCUGGCGGCGGGCGCGGGCGCGGCGGAGGCGGUGGGCGGGGAGGGCGCGAGCCUGGUGGUGGCCAACGUGUCUGUGGCGUCGCGCUGGCGCUGCUCCAUGCUGUGGGAGAUGAACAUGAACGACUUCGUGUGCUCGGAGUCGGUGGUGGACGGCGCGGCGCUGCAGGCGGCCGGGGGCCCGCUGGUGUGCGAGGCGGGCGGCGCGGGGGGCGCGGGGGGCGGGGAGCUGGUGCUGGCGGGGCUGCUGGCGGGGCUGGCGUGCGACGGCUCGCCGCUGUUCACGCGCCUCUCCGCGCACGCCGACUUCAUCGACGAGGACUCGCUGGACGCCGCCCCCCCGCACCCCGCGACCCUCCAGCUGCUCUUUGCGUUGCUGGUGCUCUUACAAAUUGUCCAAUAAAUUGUGUGGUUUUUGUAACAUUUUGUUUCAAUAUAAAAAAAAACUGUAUACAUUAACCUUAACUAUCUUAUGCAUUCGAAUCGAAGGCUCGUGUAACUCGUGUUGUUUUUCCAUACUAUUUAUUAAUAAAAGGCAUGUGAUGGUAA